AUGCCAGCGCCGUCCUUGCUCCAGCUUGCGCGAAAGUCGUGCAUGAGAAUGAUAAAAAGGAUUGAUGAUAUUGGAUUGGCCCGUUAUGAUCUUAUUAGGCCCAUACUUCAAAAAAUCGAGAAUCCAGAGCAGUUGCAUGAACUUGAGCUCAAGUCACCACACCUCCUCGAUCAUGACGCAGAAUUAUGGAUAGAAUUUAUCAAGCGUGACGUUCCUCGCUUCGACGAGCUCGUUCUGCCCGAGAACCCUGAGAGUUGGUACGAUGUUUACCAUGAACUCCUGGAGAAAACUGCACGGGAAGUAGAUGAGGAUGCGGAACGUAUGAAACUUGCGCUGCUUGGCCUCGAUUCCCAUAAGGCAAAACAUAGUUCCGUGAUGGUGGAUACUCGGCAAAUGCGAUUACCCAGAGAGAAACCGACCGCGAUCCAAAGACAAGCUUUUCUCGACCGUAAAAUGGGUGGCAACCGCCCCGUUUUUAUCUCGGGAGGGAAGCCAUCUGGAGGCCGUGGGCUCAACCCGUUGGACCAAAGCGCGCGGUGGAGAUUGGAGGCCUCAAGAAUACCACGACCGACUGCUAAGAAGUCAGCACUGCCUUUCGUGAAGAGGAAUCAACGACUUUGUAUUCCCACACAUCGUCUGAGUAGCAGUGCCACCCAGAUCGUUAACGCCCCACGAUCGUUGAUUGAGGAUUACAAGCGACCAAUUGAACAAAACAUUCCAAAACCAAAAACCGGGGACCCGCGAUCUCCAGCACACAAAAACCUCAAACCUAAUCCCCGAGAUUCGAAAUCAGAGGAUCUGAAAACCCUCACUUCAUCUCCAACAACCACCUCACCUCGCACCUCGGCCUUGCCCAAACAGAGCCCUUCACCUACCGAAAAGGAAGAAUCUCCUGUAACAUUAAGGUCACGCUUGGAUAUCAGGCCACACGGCAACACGCCCAAAGAUGCCACAUAUACAACACCUACGAAACUCCCACCGAACAGCCCCAAGAUCAAGGACGACAACGAAAAGCUUACACUGUCGCGCCUAGUUAUAAGGAAACGCCCGGAAUUAGACUCUGUACUUAUGAAACCAAAAAAGCGACGGCUGUGA